CCGGAAGUGUUGUCUGUGCUAUUGUUAGCGUUUGUCAGCCUCUAAGUGAGCUACUCGUUAGCAUUCUCGGUCUGUGAGCGUUGGUUUCGAAGUAAAUUCUUCAUUCUGCCACGGUCAUGGAGUCUGGUGAUGCAGGCCGAGGAGGAUGGAAGUCCAAGACUGUCCAGCCACAGAAAAGCAAGAUGAGCAUGAACAUUCUCCGUCAAGAGAAGCUUAUAGCUCAGAAGAAGAAAGAGAUCGAGGCCAGAAUGGCAGAGCAAGCAAAAAUAAACGUGCAAACCACUAGCAAGCCCCUGCCUCCAAGUAUUCCUCCCAGUCUACAAGGAGCCAACUCAAACAAGUUUUUGAAUGAUGGAAGCUUCUUGCAACAGUUCAUGAAGAUGCAGAAGGACAAACCAAACAAUGGGACUGGUUCCACCGCUGAUACCAAAUCUCCUUCAACCUCGGAAAAAAAGAGCAUUCUUGUUGGCAAGCGGCCUGGCCUUGGAGUCAGUAGCAUGCUAAGUCAGUUCAAGAACUACUCACAGUCCAAGAAGAGUCCCGUUCUCAGCCAGAGGUCGAGUGUGUUUUGCUCUCCCGAUGAUGAAGACGACGAAGAAGAUGAUGAUUACUCCAAAUUCUUAGGGAUGAGAGUCUCUCCCCCAGAGGAUUCAGACACCAGACUCAUUAUCGACAAGAUGGCCUCGUUUGUGGCAGAGGGGGGAUCUGAACUGGAGAGGAAGGCCAAGGAGGAUUAUAAAGACAAUCCUGUUUUCUCAUUUUUGUAUGAUAGAAGCACUUUGGAGUAUCUCUACUACAAAAAAAGAGUUGCAGAAUUGAGGAAGGAUUCAAUAAGAACUGAAAAUUCGUUGGAUAAUGUCUCCCCCCCAGUGGACGCGGAAACCCAGCAAGUGGCUGAGAAGCUGGCCAGAUUUGUGGCGGAGGGUGGCCCCGAUGUGGAAGCCAUUGCUGCAGAGCGCAACCGAGACAACCCCACCUUCAGCUUUUUAUAUGAUUACCAAAGUCCAGCCUUCCACUACUACAAAGACAAACUACAGGAGUAUCGGGCUGCAAAUUCCCAGAGGGCUUUACCUCCUUUAGCGGAGUCAACGACAGAUGUUGAGCGACCGACUGUUCCGUCACCAGGGAUCCCCUCGCCGCUGAUGAACCCACACAUUCAGGAGUCAGACACCCCACCUGUCAAACGGAAGAGGAAGAGCAGAUGGGGGUCUGAAGAUGACAAAGUCGAUUUUCCCAUUCCUCCCAUCAUUAUUCCUCAGGAGAUUAAUGUUCCAGACCCAAUCUUACCCUGUCUCUCUGCUCAGGAGCUCAGGGGUCUUGGUUAUAAGAAGGGGAAGCCUCUUGGUCUGGUUGGAGUGACAGAACUAUCUGAAGAUCAGAAGAAACAACUCAAAGAACAACAAGAUAUGCAAGAGAUGUAUGAGCUGAUCAUGAAGCAUAAGCGUGCGAUGGCAGACAUGCAGGUGAUGUGGGAGAAGGCCAUAAGGGAACACCAACAUGAAUAUGACAGUGAUGAAGAAGUGGACAUGCAGGCAGGGACCUGGGAACAUCGUCUCCGACAGAUGGAAAUGGAGAAGACGCGUGAGUGGGCAGAGUCACUGACAGAUAUGGGUAAAGGGAAACACUUUAUUGGGGACUUCCUGCCUCCUGAAGAGCUGGAGAAGUUCAUGGAGACCUUCAAGGCACUCAAGGAGGGCCGUGACCCAGACUACUCAGAAUACAAAGAGUUUAAGUUGACGGUGGAGAACCUUGGUUUCCGAAUGCUCAUGAAGAUGGGCUGGAAGGACGGUGAUGGCCUCGGGAGUGACGGACAAGGAAUCAAGGCUCCCGUCAACAAGGGAACUACCGCUAUGAACGGAGCAGGUUUCGGAGUCGACCGUCCAGCUGAGCUCGGGAAAAAUGACGAUGAAUAUGAUGCGUAUAGAAAGAGGAUGAUGCUUGCAUACCGCUUCAGGCCAAACCCACUGAAUAAUCCACGGAGACCUUAUUACUGAUGUAGAGGACUGUUCUUGUUCAUGCUUGUUCUUGUUUAUCACAACAACGUUGGUUUCUUCAGUUGCCACAACUCUUACUCACAAUACUUUAUGAAAUGGAAACCUUUGCACAGAAGAAAUGUUGUGAAGUGUGUUAUGGUAAUGAGAAUAGUAAAUUGAUAGAUCCAUCACAUGGGAGGUUUAUUUUGGUUUAGAAAAAAUGUUUUCUUUAAAAAUGUUAACAUGUUUUGUCACAUUUCAAUCAAAAACUGUAACAGCUUUAAAUAUUUAAGACGUAGUUCCGAUGACUUCCAUGAUGAUUUCAUUCUUUUGUGCGACCAUGUUCUCUUUCAAAGCUUCACUUGAUCUUGCAUUCCAACUAAACAACACAGUCCUGUAUUAGUAUACAAACUUAUCUAUGUAUAAUAGCAUUAGGUCAUUUUCAUUACUGUGCUAUACAUUUCAUUUUAUGCUGCACUGUUCACAAUUAAAAAUGGCCAUUUGCUGAA